AUGUUCGGCUGGGGUCCUGGGCUGGCCAUACCCUCGGCGAGCUCAGAGCCCGACAAGGAACGCAAACCUCCGACCUCCCCAACCCCGCUUGACUUCCCUGUGUACCAACUUCCCGAAGUGGUCCCGCAUGCCUCCGACUCGACCCUCCCCCAACUAUUCGGCCAACUGGCCGGCAUCAAGCGUCCUCAGGAUAUUUGUCUGGACCGAUUCAAGCCUUUGAAUCUUCACGUCGAGACGGAUGUCAGGAUACGCCAAAUGUUCCCGGCUGACCAGGCACAGUCACUUCCCCCGCUGCCCUGGGAGGCCGAGCCCUCAGUCACAUCAGUCGAGGCGGGCGAGGAGCCGCCGCGCCCCCUGAUGAGCAAUGGACUGCCAUUCCCGCCAAAGGACCGAUUUGAGACACUAAAGAAUGAAUUGCUGCUCGACAAGGAGGAUGCCUUUCGCGAAGUGUCCCGGAUGCCACCCCGAGAGGGCCGCAGCCGUGUCCGCGUGACCCAAUCCCGCAAGUUCUGGACUGGUCUGGAGCACAUGGCCCAAUACUGGGAUACCAGCUUGGAUAACUACUUUGAGCGUCCGGCGACACCGCAGCCCACCCCGCCCGCGGAGGGCGAAUGCCCUGAAGAUGGCAUGCAGACCGAUGAUGCAUCGGAUCUCGGCCAACCUGGUCCGACAGAGACCAUGGACGUCGACUCCCCCGAAUCUCCGAAGACAUCCACAGAGCCCAAAACAAGCACGAGUGAGGGAGAGCCCGCGCCCGGUCCAACAAUCCGCAGGUACACCGGUCGUCGCAUUGGCUCGGGGACCGAAAUGCCGGAUGACAUGCGAGACGAAACGAUUCGGGCCUUCGUCGAGAUGGCCGCAUGGCCCUUCGGGUGCCAGGUCACUGUGCCCACGCUACCCCCUCGACUCUCUGUCAAGAGCCUGCUCUUCCCUGUUCGCCAAUCCUUUCAGGCAUCCCGAUCUCCGCGAGACCGCACCAUUGCCCGAAGUGGCAUUCUGGAGGGCCCCGUCCUGAUUGCCCAAUGCCGACCGGAUACCCUCUUCCGCACCACCGCCGAUGCCCCAGGCAAUGGAGUUGGGGAAGUGUGCGAUAUAUUCCGCGAAGUAGGUGGCAUGCUUUUGGCCGCACAGGAACGCGCUCGCGAGGGGGCCGCGGAACUCCGACCUGGAGAAGGCAAAUGGUGGACUAAUGCCCCGCGGUUUGGUGGUGCGCCUCACGAUAGCCUUUUGGACGACAUUAUCAAGAGCGCCCACGGGAUGCCUAUUCCCGACUCCAUGCUGGAAGAAAAGCCCUCCUCACCCGCGGAAGAGCUCGAGAGUGCGCGUAAACGUCACAAAUUUGAGCACCCGUUUGUGACCUCGUUGGCGCGCAAACCCAGUGCCAUGCGGAAGAUGUCUAGCGGCGAAAAGUGGAAGAUCUUGCAACCGGGGCCUAGUCUCUGGGACAAGCGAAUGAAGUACAUGCAGAUUGGCAAGGUGAAGGAGAGCCCGUACGAUGAUAUUUACAUGGUUUCGUCAAUUAAUCAUCACGUCGCCAUCCUCCACCUGCGCGUCCACCGGCGCUACCUCGACAUUCUGACCACGGGUGAGAGUACAUACCCACCGGUCGCCGAUGUCGACCAGCCGUGGCAUGUUCUCAAGCUGCAACGCACCCGUUGCUGCGCAAAACCUGAGCGAGCAGCAUGGGACUAUCGUGAAUCUGUCCCAUCUCAAACUCCUAUCUCCUUCGCUCAACGGACCGCUGCACACCUUUCCCCAUCUCCCUCCUUUCCCGAUGCGGUGCAUCAUGUACAUACAGUGGACGAGCUGAAACGUCACAGACCAGCUGACGAUAUCAUACCUUCCAGUCUCUGCCUGCACUUUGCCGAUCCCGAUGUUGGCAUCUCUUUCCUUCCCCUCUUGCUCCUCCGGGUCGAGUUGAGCACGAGUGCCGGUGUUGGUUGA